AUGUUUGGGAUAUAUCUCCAAACUAAAGUUGCUAUAUACACACGUGUACGAUUGAAUUGAAUAUUACAGACUGAAACUUUACUAAAAAUAUAAAGAUUAAAGCAAAUUGUAAUUGGCCAACUGAAAUCAAGGGCAUCAGUCAUAACAGUCUGCUAAAGUUUCAAAAACCAAAUUAAAGACCGCUGAUUUAUUGAAAUUGAUGCGAGAAAAAGCCGCACGAGUGUGCCGAGAAAGAACACCUAAGAAACAGAGUGGAAAAAUAGUGCUUUUGGAUAGAGGGGUUUCUGUAAGAAUUGAUCCCCAUAUGGAUUUGAAUUUCCCGGCCGAGGAAAAUGAAAGUUUGUGUGUAAAGGAGGAGGAAAUCAUUGCAUUGAAAGAGCACACCGAGUGUUCGACGAAAGUCCCUGAAGAGAAAGAGAGCGGCGAAAGUGAAGAUAGAGAGAUGGAGCUUGAUAAGAAAGAAGAGGCGACGGAGAAUGAUGUGAAGAAUGGGGAUUUUAUGAAGAGAGCGUCGAAGAGGAAGUCACUUCAGUUGGCAAAGGAGAAAAUUGGGAAAUUGAAUGAAGAAGUUUACGAAUGGGAGAGGCCGAAAAGGGGUCCGUGGAGAAAGAGGAAGGGGGUAGAAAAUGAGGAUACUUGUGAUGAGAGUGUGGAGGAAUUGAAAACUGGGUUAGCGGAGAUUCCGAAAAGAAGGGGGAGAAAACCGAGGAAAGAUGCAGUGGGGGAGCAAGUUGAAAGGGACAAGAAUGAAGGGGCGAUUGAGAAAACUGGAGGAGGAAGAUAUUCGUGUAGAACUAGUAUGGAAGCUGGUGAUGAGAGUGUGGAGGAAGUGAAAACUUGGUUAGUGGAGAUCCCGAAAAGAAGGGGGAGAAAACCGAAGAAAGAUGCGGUGGAGGAGCAAGUUGAAAGGGACAAUAAUGAAGGGGGGAUUGGGCAAAGUGGAGGAAGAGGAAGAUUUUCCCGCAAAGCUAAUGUGGAUAAAUCGGAUAGUGCACAGGGGAAGGAGGAGCGUAACACGUGUCACCAGUGCAAGAGGAACGAUAAAGGAAGAGUUGUACGCUGUACCAAGUGUGAUAGUAAGAGAUUUUGUGUCCCUUGCAUGACUAGAUGGUAUCCUCAAAUGCCGGAAGAUGCUUUUGUUGAAGCUUGCCCCGUUUGUCGUAACAAUUGCAAUUGCAAGAGUUGCUUGCAACUGGAUGGCCCAAUCAGGCAUUUGAAGUUAGAAUUGGAGUAUGCUGACAAAGUAAAGAUGGAGCACUCUAAAUAUAUGCUGCGAAUGCUUCUGCCCUUCUUAAAACAAUUCCAUGAAGAACAAUUGGCCGAGAAGGAAAUUGAGGCUAAUAUACAAGGAUUACCAAUUUCAGAAAUAAAGCCACAGAAAUCAAAUUGCGACUCGGUCGAACGAAUAUACUGUGACAACUGUAAAACGUCCAUUGUCGAUUUUCACCGAAGCUGCCCAAGGUGUUCCUAUGAUCUCUGCAUCACUUGUUGUCACGAGCUUUGCGAGGGACGCUUACGUGGCGGUGACAAAGAAGUGAUCGUUGAAUACAUACGCCGCGACCUAAGUUACUUGCACAACGACAGUUAUAAAAUCGCCGAAGAAAGUAAAAAUGCUACCCCAAUAAAAAACGAACCUUCUUCUGAAGAAGUUGAAGUUGUAAAAUCUGAAUGGAGGGCUACAGAAAGAGGUAUAAUUCCAUGCCCACCACAGCUUUUAGGGGGUUGUGGUGAAGGUAUUCUUGAAUUAAAGUGCAUUUUUUCGGAGAAUUGGGUCUCGAAUUUGUUAUCAAGAGCACGGAAUUUUGAGAGCUUGUCUGAAAAUUAUGAGGAGGGCUCGUGCUUGAAGUGCGAUAAAUUUAGGAAAGCGGCUUCGAGGAAAGAUUCGAGGGACAAUUUUUUGUACUGUCCGAAAGCUAAAGAGAUUCAAAAUGAAGAGAUGAAGCAUUUUCAGUGGCACUGGUCGAAAGGCGAGCCUGUGAUUGUGAGUGAUGUGCUUGAAACUACGUUGGGUUUGAGCUGGGAGCCCAUGGUUAUGUGGCGUGCAUUUCGGCAGAAAAGAAAGAAAGGAAGCGAAGUUUUAGUUGAUGUGACUGCGAUAAAUUGCUUGGACUGGUGUGAGGUUGAUAUAAAUGCCUGCAAGUUUUUCAAAGGUUAUUCAGAGGGUCGAUUCGACAGUUAUUCUUGGCCUCAGAUUCUCAAGUUGAAAGACUGGCCUCCUUCUAACUUGUUCAAAGAGAGGUUACCUCGACACGAUGCUGAGUUUAUCAGAUGCUUGCCAUUCAAAGACUACACUGACCCUAACUGUGGUUACUUAAAUCUCGCCACUAAACUGACCGACAAGUCUCUGAAGCCAGAUAUGGGUCCAAAGACGUAUAUUGCUUAUGGAGUUUCACAAGAAUUAGGAAGGGGCGAUUCCGUAACAAAAUUACACUGUGACAUGUCUGAUGCAGUGAAUGUGUUGGUACAUGCACAUGCAGUGACACUCGAGCCCGAGCAGCUUGUGGCCAUUGAAAAACGGCAAAAGAAGCAUGCUGAACAGGAUGAGAGGGAAUUGCGUGGCAAUAAUAAACAGAUAUUAAAUGGAAAUGACGGAAAGCAACAAAUCAGUGAAAAUGAAAUAUCCGAGUUUAAUCUAUUAAACAGUAGUGCUUUAGUAUCUAGCCCUGAAGGUGGUGCUCUAUGGGAUAUUUUUAGGAGGGAAGAUGUACCGAAAUUGGAGGAAUACGUGAGGAAGCACUUUCAUGAAUUCAGACAUAUCUACGGUAAUCCGUUGUCUCAGGUUAUUCACCCAAUUCAUGAUCAAACGGUUUACUUGACUAUGGAGCAUAAAAGGAUACUUAAGGAGGAGUAUGGAAUCGAACCAUGGACAUUUGUCCAGAAAUUAGGUGAUGCUGUUAUUAUACCUGCUGGCUGUCCACAUCAAGUUAGAAAUUUAAAGUCUUGCAUAAAGGUGGCCGUUGACUUUGUAUCACCAGAAAACGUCAAAGAGUGUCUUCGGUUGACUAAGGAAUUCCGUGUUCUUCCACAAAAUCAUAGGGCUAAGGAAGACAAGUUAGAGGUAAAGAAAAUGGCGCUCCACGCAAUCGAACAAGCUGUGAAUUGUCUGGAGAAAAUUUCUGACCCGAACUAGAACUGGUGUCAAGGAGAUAACACAAAAUAUUGGCGUUCGCCUUUGUUUUUUCGAACACAAUCGACUGUUAGUCUCGGGUUUCCUUAAUUUGAGUCCAGAAGUUCAAACUUUAGCUGUAACCUAGUGAGCUUUCAUUAUUGUAUUGACUAGUAAUUGUUUCUCUCUCUAGGCAAUAAGGUAAUUUUUCAAUCCCUGUGAUUGAUUUCUCAAUGAUCAUAUACGUCAGAUUAUUUGUAUGCUGCACCCGAUGAAGGUUACAUCGGGUAAUAUUUUCUACACACACCAAUUUGGGUGUGUGUGUGUGUUUGUGUGUAUGUGAAUGACAAAGAUCUACUCGAUAUA